AUGCGCUCUCGCGGCGGCGACCUUCACGGCGCCGCCGACGAUGCGGCCACGUCCCUUUUUGUGAGCGACACAGCUCAUGACAUGGAGAUGCAACACUCGAGCCGCGGUCGCGCAAGACUCGCGGCUGCACGAAAGCGGCUGCGCGCUGAAAACCAGUCGCGCUACUACCGAGUCCCGGAAAACUUGUUCUUCUAUCUGCCUCUGAACCACCCCCGUCGACAUAUCCCGGCAUACCACGAUUGCAGAAGCGGCCAGCGAGCUUUUGCACGUGAUUAUCAUCGACGAGGACUUUGCUGGCCCGGCGAGCUCUCCCCGUCAAGCCCUUCUCAGACCGAGGACUCCACCGAGCAAGCCCACCAGACCAGUUCCGAUGACAUCGACAUGCCGCUCUCCGACCUGGAAUACGCGAUGACCCACAGCCAUCCCGACCAGUUGAGCGAGAUGAUUCAGGAAAGCAUCCGCCUUCACCGGCUGCAGCAUGUCUCGAUGGCAACAACGGAGUCUGGAACGCCUCCUCUCCCGAUUCGUAUCGCACAUCAAGACGAUACACUGCAGAGCCUUCCUCUCGACUAUCUCGAUGCGAUACAUCAAGCUGUCGCGCGGCGUCUCCAGAGCUCUGACGGACAGGACAUGGAAACACGCAAAGCAGUUUUGGAUCCGCGAAAACUUCUUUGGAAGAUCUCGAUCAGCAAAAUGAUAGAGAAAGCAAGCGGCUUGAGUUCCGUCGAUUACAAGGAAAAGCUUGAAGAAGCCGGGCUCUGGAAGUUUACCCAAAACCCGGAGACCCUACCUGCAAGGCUCGAUCCUCGAGAUGAGGACCUCGCCAUGCGUUGGCGGGACAAGUUGCGGAACCUUAUCGGGACCUUGGAGAAGGAUGUGUUGCUUUGGAAGUUGGAAAUCACCGCAUCUAAUGUGGACCGCAAGGUACUCUUGUUCAAUAGGUCGGUGAGGGCACGACUGGACCAAUGGAGUGAGGCUCAGGACUUCGUCGAUGCAAAUUCAACCAGCGAUAUAACGCUUGUUAUAUCGCUUCGUGUCAAAAACGAUGAUACCGAAUAUGAGGAUUGGAAUGACUACGAGUAUCAAGGUGACUUGGAUGACGGCGACCGUAAUGCGAAGAAAGCAAAAUCGACUCCCGCAAAGACAGCACAGAAACACUCGCGGUCUGAGUCUCCGGCGGAUAGUGAGCCACCAAUGAAGAAGUCAGCAAUAAAGACAACUGACUAA